CUUUUAUUUGGUAGACGUUUUAUACCUCCAAUUUCUGAAGAACAACUCUCCACGAGAACAGAAAUCUGCCUGAAGAAGAUGGUUCUGUUAGAAAAUGACACGUUUUUGACCGAACUAACGAAGAUGUUCCAAAAAGGAAAAUCCUCCGGUUCUUUAUCAUUGACAAUGAAAAGAUAUGAUGGAAGGACAAAGCCAGAACCUAGAAAAGGCAAUCUUCCUGAGCCCCAAGAAUAUAAGUGUUUGAUAAGGGCUAACUUGGGAAAUAAGAAAAUCAGUACAGUGAUUAAUCAGAAAGAUGUCAACAAAUUUCAAAUGGCCUAUGCAAAUGUUCUAAAAGGCAAUAUGGAUGGUUUGAAGAAAAAAGACAAACGGUCAGCCACUAAAUCCAAGUCGAAGGCAACGCAAUAAUGGUAUAAAGCUCAUAGCAUCAUCAGAAAAAGCGAGCCAUUUCGUGUGUUCAUUUUUCACUGCAGAACUUUUCCCUAUCACUUUUUUUUUUCACCCAAUGAAGUGAAAGAAUUUCAUUUAUCAUGAACUAAUUGGGACUAAAAAAAAAAGAAGAAAACUAAGAAAAUUAAACAGGAUAAGCAGGCUGUAUUGAGGACUAUAGUUUGUACAUUGUAAAUAAUGACAUUUGCACCAGAAGUUGUUUUAUAUUUGUUGUCUGUCUUUGAGACAUUUACCCAGUACACAAUGGUUGUUGGCCGUUUAAUGUUUGUAUUAAUGAAUUAAUUGUCUGGUAUUUCUAUUACAGAAGUUAACAUUGCAUCAGUAGACACCGCUUUUUUGUUAUUUAAUUAUUAACAGAUUUAAUUUGGCCAAUUUCAAUCAGUUAUAAUACCGGUAUGAGUUGUGUACACUGUACAAUAAUAAUAAUAACAUGUCUUUAUGAUUAGAUUGUAAAUUUGUUAUGUGAGAAUCUGAAUGUGUUUUAUUUAUAAUAAAAAUAAUGAAAUAGAAAUAAA